UUUCAAUCUUUGCUCAACAAAAGAGUCCAUCAAGAAGUUUAUUAAAACUUUCUUAAGAAUAUUUUAAAUUAGAGAUCAAAAAAAAAGGUGUACAAAAAAUGACAGGAAACACUUUAGCUUACGUGAUAGCUGUUAAAGGAACAGUGAACAGUUCCUAUGAAGAAAGAAAAACAUUAAAAGAAGUUGUUUGUGAUGAUUUAAAGAGAAAAGGCAGUGGUCAUGCUUGGUUGUGGCUUCUAUUCGCCCUUUGCUUCAUCGGCACGUCAUCAUUUUACUCUCAACUAUUCUUUGACUUGUCAGCACUUGAGGAACCAGCCGACUACUUCUGCCUCCCAAAAGAACUCAAAAACACAAACUGGACAAUCGAUGAGAUUCGUGAAGUGUCAAAAUAUAGCAACUCCACACAAAGCUGCAUGGCUUUAAAAUUGGAUUACAAAUUUAUUUCUAAAUUAUCAUUUGGAGAAGCAUUGGACCUUGUUAAUAAUUUGGAUGAAUUAGACGGUGGAAUGUGCUCGGAAAUUGGUGGUGUCAUUUAUGUUGUUAAAGGUGCUGAAGAGAGCUAUGCUGAUGAUAUGAGCUUACUGUGUCGAGAUGAUGUGUCGAGCAUAUAUACUGCAUUUUAUAGAGGGUGCAUUUUAGGUGGCGUUAUUUUUGGUGUACUUGGUGACAGAUUCGGCCGCAAACUAUCAUUCAACAUCGCAUUAUUUCCAUACAUAAUUGCAUCAUUCGUACCCACUUACUUCCAAACAGAAACAGUUUACAUGUGGUCAAGGUUUACCGUUGGAUUAUGUGGAUAUGGCAUCAUUAACUUGUUAUUUGUAAUUCUGAUAGAAAAUUCUCAAAGAAAAUUCCGUGAAAUUUUUGCAAUUAUGAUCAAUUUGUCAGUCGUCUUUGGUAUGAUGUGGCAAUACACAGCAUCGUCGGUAGCAGAUGAGAAUAUUAAAGUUAAUCAAAUUUUAUUGGCCAUCAGCACAGCAGUUUUGGUGAUUUUUAUUAAGUAUCUCGUUGACUCACCAAAACAUUUAAUAUGUAAGAAACAGUACGAAGAAGCUUUCAGUGAGUUGAAUGGAGAAAAACCAGUUGCAUCUGAUUUUGCACCAGAAGAUGAGCCAAGGACAAGCUCAGAUGAUGAAUUUUCAUUGACCAAAUCUGUCAAAAGCCUCAAACUCGUUCAAUUCUUCUGCUCAACAAACUACUGGCACUUGUCAUGGCUUUCAAUGACAAUUUUCUGUUUCUGGUUCUUCGCCUUCAACUUCUGUGACAUGAAAGUUGUGUAUCAAGAUUUCGACAGUCACAUCAAAAUGUCCACAGUCUAUGAUACAUUCGGAUAUAUUGCCACAGCCUUCCUCGUCUAUUGGCUACCUAGAAAGUUCCUACACAUCUCAUUAGUCGUCCUUUUAGGAUCAUGUUUGAUUCUCGGUGCUGCACUUCCUUCAGAGGAACUUCCAUUCUAUCAAUACUUACUGACAAUGUGCCGAUGCUUUGGGAAUCCAGCAAUAGCAUUAUUUUGUCUUCAUAUAGCUGAAAUGUUUCCAACAGAAAUUAGAAGCACUGCUGUUGGUGUAAUUGGAUCUGCUGGAUAUCUUACUGGAUAUUAUGCUUCAAGUAUUGUUGAUUACUAUCACGCAUCAGCAGAUGCUUAUAGCCUUCCUCAAUUCACAACGAUGCUUGGACUUGUCAGCAUCUUAGCCAGCAUUCUAAUAUACUUGCUCCCAGAAACAAAGAAUGAUGAGUUGAAGGACUUUGUGACUGAAAAGCUCAAUAAUCAACAACAAGAAGAUUCAAACGUUAACGUGAAAAACAUAAAAGAAGUCUCGACCUCGUCUGUAUUAUUUUUAAUCCUCACUGUGCUAUGUUUCUCUAUUUUAUGCACCAAUUUUAGUUGGUUCAACUAAUGAAAAAAAUUGAGGAUAGAAGAUUGAUAUUUUGGAAAUAAAAAGCAUCUCUAAUUUUAAAAAAAUCUA